AUGACACGACCUGGCGUCGAACAUGAUGCCCAGAAACAUAGGGUCGGGAGUUCCACCGACGGCUCGAACACCGCAGAACGUGUUGAAGCUGGGCACCAUGCACCGGACCACGAUCAUGUCAAGGCAUACAGCAUCUACACAUCGAGCGAGAAAUGGUUCAUCGUCGCCGUGGCUGCCUUUGCCUCAUUGUUCAGCCCGUUCACCGCCAAUAUCUACUUUCCCGCUAUACCAACUAUAGCAGCUGCCUUCCAUAAAUCGACAGAAGACAUAAAUCUGACCGUGACGGUUUACUUGAUCGUUCAAGGUCUUUCACCUAUAUUCUGGGGAACGCUUGCCGACCGAUGGGGUCGCAGACCCAUGUUUCUCGGAUGCUUGCUCGUUCUCUUCUUGUCCUGUAUCGGACUUGCACUCAUUCCAACAGACGCAUAUUGGGCACUCAUGGUCCUCCGAUGUGUCCAAGCCGCGGGGUCUGCGAGCACUGUAGCGUUAGGUGCUGGGGUCAUUGCAGAUAUUGCCGCUCCUUAUGAACGCGGUACAUAUUUUGGUUUUUGGAACGUCGGGCCCAUGGUUGGUCCAUGUGUAGGCCCGGUACUGGGAGGUGUUCUUGCAGAAAACCUAGGCUGGAGAUCCAUUUUCUGGUUCCUUGUGAUUGCCUCUGCAGUGUGCUUCGUUGUCAUACUCUUGUUUUUGCCCGAGACUUUGCGCGCCUUCGUUGGAGACGGCAGCAUCCCCCCACCGCGCUUCUACUACCCUCUGAUACCCAUCGUUGGUCGCAACCGCCAGAAAGUCACGCCCCAGGACCCGUCCACCCGCCCGGCGCGGCGGCGCUUCAACAACCCGCUCAUCCUCUUCCUCUACCCGGACAUCCUCCUUCUCCUCUUCUUCAACGGCAUGAUCUACUCGGUCUUCUACGCUGUGACCAUCAGCAUCUCCACGCUCUUCAAGAGCAGCUACACGUUCCUCAACGAAACCGACAUCGGGCUAUGCUUCCUCGCGAUCGGCGGUGGCAUGCUCAUCGGCGGCGUCAUCACCGGCCGCGUGCUCGACUACGAAUACAGGCGCGUCAAGAACCAGAUGUUCGCGAAAUUCGCGAUAGAGACGGACCCAGAGAAGAAGGUCCGUCCAGAGGACGUAACGAAGGACGAGAACUUUCCCAUCGAAAAGGCGAGACUGAGGUUGAUGCCGUUUUAUUUCGGCCUGUUCGUAGUAGCGACCAUCGUCUAUGGCUGGACGUUAGACGCAGGGACCAACAUUGCCGGUCCGCUAAUAUCGUCAAUUUUUGUCGGCUACGCCGUCGUAGCUAACAUGAACGUGACGCAAACUCUCAUCGUUGACCUCGUUCCGGGACAGAGUGCGGCCGUAACAGCAUGUAACAACAUGGUGCGAUGCUCCCUCGGUGCAGUAAUGGUUUCGGUCAUCAACCCCAUCCUCAAUGCCAUGGGGCCCGGAUGGACGUAUGUACUCCUUCCGGGCAUCUGUGUCGUCUUGUCGCCUAUCAUGAUCUUCACGUACCAUAUCGGUCCUCGUUGGCGAGCACGCCGCAGAGCACGACGUCAGGCUCGCGAGGCAGCCACCGCAUCAUAA